AUGAUGCGACAGAUCAUCUUCCUCGUGAGCUGGUGUUCUAUUGACAGCAAAAUCAACAAUCUCAACAUGUAUUUAAAUGAGACCCUCCCGGGAAUUACAGUUCAAGUAUCUGCGCUCCACCUUGAGCAGGGGGUUUAUCCAACCGCGGUUAUUGCCCUGGCAGCGCCCCAGAAGACCACAUGGGACAUGAGCAUUGGGAGGGAUAUGUCUCAAAUCGCGCCUCAUACAGCGAUGCUCUUUGUGACCAGAGAUACGUGUUCUGGCACGUCGACACUUUAA